AUGAAGUUGGCAUAUACGGAGGGACUGCGGGCCGCUCCCAGCAACAGCCUGAUGGACCCAAGUUACCACGAGUUCAGCCUUGAGGGUCGGAGACCCAAGGCCAAGCACUUUGGGAGUCGAACCACUCCCAGAACCCACUCCAGGGCAACUCCAAUCCAACAUGCCAGCAUAAACCAACAGUCAAGAAUCAAGAGACCAGAAGGAACCAACAGAUCAGACCCCAAGAGGCUUCAAGGAACCAACAGAUUAGACCCCAAAAGGCCUCAAGGAACCAACAGAUUAGACCCCAAGAGGCUUCACGGAACCAACAGAUUAGACCCCAAAAGGCCUCAAGGAACCAACAGAUUAGACCCCAAGAGGCUUCAAGGAACCAACAGAUUAGACCCCAAAAGGCCUCAAGGAACCAACAGAUUAGACCCCAAGAGGCUUCACGGAACCAACAGAUUAGAUCCCAAGAGGCCUCAAGGAACCAACAGAUUAGACCCCAAGAGGCUUCACGGAACCAACAGAUUAGACCCCAAGAGGCCUCAAGGUACCAACAGAUCAGACUCUUAA